AUGUUACCUAUCACUGCGGUCAAGGGCAAAGAUUCAACUGACGACAACGAACGGAAAAAAACCCAGUAUCUACAACGAGAUAUGAUCACAGAUCUUCUUAAACACUACUCAACCGUUACGCUUGAUAUGAAAUACUUUCAAGACAAAAAUAAUCGUAUACCAUUCGCACAAGAGUUCGCUUCGACGAAUCUAUUUACCAUUCUCGCUAUUCCAUGUAAUCAAUUCGGUUAUCAAGAACCAGCUGAAAGCAAACUUGAACUGUUAAAUGGUCUAAAAUAUGUACGACCCGGAAAUGAUUUUACUCCGAAAUUUCCUCUCUUUUGGCUUGUGGAUGUCAACGGAAAGAAACAACACCCUUUGUACGAAUAUCUCAAGUCAUGUAUACCAUCGCCGAGAAAGGAUUUCGAAGAUCAUACGGCGAUAUUCUACGAACCACAUCAUUCCGAUGAUAUUCGAUGGAAUUUCGAGAAGUUUCUUAUUGAUUUCAAUGGACAUCCAAUAAUGAGAUUCGAUAGUGAUGCUGAACCACUAUUCAUUCGACAAUUUAUUGAAAAACUUCUCCAGAUGAAAAAAUAUUUCGAAAAGUAA